AUGGAUGAUGGGUACCGACACAGCAGGCAGCCCUGGGACCAAGGGCCUGACGACUACGGCUACCAGGACAACUAUGAGGGCCACUACCACGGCCAGGAGUCCAACCCGGAGGAGGACGCUCAGAGUGACGUCACCGAGGGCCACGACGAGGAGGACGAGAUCUACGAGGGCGAGUACCAGGGCAUCCCUCACCCGGAUGAUGUGAAGGCCAGGCAGGCCAAGGGGGCGGUGCCCGGGGCGGACGGGCCGCGGGGUCGGGCCGAGCUGCUGGCCGAGAGGCUGGAGGACGAGGAGCAGCUGGCCCACCAGUACGAGACCAUCAUCGAGGAGUGCAGCCAUGGGCGCUUCCAGUGGACACUCUUCUUCGUCCUGGGCCUGGCCCUGAUGGCCGACGGCGUGGAGGUGUUUGUGGUGAGCUUCGCCCUGCCCAGCGCCGAGAAGGACAUGUGCCUGUCCAGUUCCAAGAAAGGCAUGCUCGGGCUGAUCGUCUACCUCGGCAUGAUGGCUGGGGCCUUCAUCCUGGGUGGCCUGGCCGACAAGCUGGGCCGGAAGCGUGUCCUCACCCUGUCCCUGGCCGUCAAUGCCUGCUUUGCCACCCUCUCUUCCUUCGCACAGGGCUAUGGAGCCUUCCUCUUCUGCCGACUGCUCUCAGGCCUAGGCAUCGGGGGGACCCUACCGAUUGUCUUCGCCUAUUUUUCUGAAUUCUUGUCUCGGGAGAAGCGAGGCGAGCACCUCAGCUGGCUGGGCAUGUUCUGGAUGACCGGGGGCAUCUAUGCGUCGGCCAUGGCCUGGAGUAUCAUCCCUCACUACGGCUGGGGCUACGCGAUGGCCACACACUCACACUUACACAGCUGGCGGGUGUUCAUCAUUGUCUGUGUGCUGCCCUGCGCCCUGUCCCUGGUGGCCCUGCAGUUGAUGCCGGAGAGCCCCCGCUUCCUGCUCGGGAUGGGCAAACACGACGAAGCCUGGAUGAUCCUCAAGCGAGUCCAUGACACCAACAUGAGGGCCAAGGGUACCCCGGAGAAGGUGUUCACGGUCUCCAAUAUCAAGACUCCCAAGCAGGUGGACGAGUUUAUUGAGAUCCAGAGUGCAACAGGGACCUGGUAUCAGCGCUGGCUGGUCAGGUUCAAGACCACGUUCAAGCAGGUCUGGGACAAUGCCCUGUACUGCGUGAUGGGACCCUACCGGACAAACACGCUGAUCCUGGCUGUGGUCUGGCUCACCAUGGCUCUCAGCUACUACGGCCUGGUUGUCUGGUUCCCCGACAUGAUCCGCUACUUCCAAGAUGAAGAGUACAAGUCCAAGAUGAAGGUGUUCUUUGGUGAGCACGUGCAUGGUGCCACGAUCAACUUCACGAUGGAAAACCAGAUCCACCAGCAUGGGAAGCUCGUGAAUGACAAGUUCACAAAGAUGCACUUUAAGCACGUGCUCUUUGAAGACACAUUCUUCGACGAAUGCUACUUUGAGGACGUCACGUCGACAGACACCUACUUCAAAAAUUGUACCAUUGAGUCCACCAUCUUCUACAACACAGACCUGCAUGAGCACAAGUUCAUUAACUGCCGCUUCAUCAACUCCACCUUCCUGGAGCAGAAGCAGGGCUGCCACCUGGACUUGGAGGAGGACAAUGACUUCCUCGUCUACCUCGUCAGCUUCCUGGGCAGCCUGUCAGUGCUUCCUGGGAACAUCGUCUCGGCCCUGCUCAUGGACCGCGUUGGCAGGCUCAAGAUGAUUGGCGGCUCCAUGCUCCUCUCGGCCGUCUGCUGCUUCUUCCUGUUCUUUGGCAACAGUGAAUCGGCCAUGAUCGGCUGGCAAUGCCUGUUCUGUGGGACAAGCAUCGCGGCCUGGAACGCACUGGACGUCCUCACUGUGGAGCUCUACCCCACCACCCAGAGGGCCACAGCCUUUGGCAUCCUCAACGGAUUAUGCAAGUUCGGCGCCAUCCUGGGAAACACCAUCUUUGCCUCUUUUGUGGGGAUCACCAAGGUGGUCCCCAUCCUCCUGGCUGCUGCCUCGCUGGUUGGCGGGGGCUUGAUUGCUCUGCGGCUGCCAGAGACUCGAGAGCAGGUCCUGAUGUGA